AUGAGCGGUUCUAGCGACAACAGAUGGCGGGGUGGACCCAGUCGCCAGGCGUCGCAGCGCAACUCGAACAACCGUGAUAAAGCAGGAGGACAGGGAAGCGCACGCGAUAACAAUACUGCUUGGGGCGCAUCCAAUCCUCCGCAGGAACAGCAUGUCCCUGUACGGGGCUUCAACACCGCAGAUGUUAAGAACACUUUGAAGCCAGGGCCUAAUGAAACAAAGUUGUCGACGCCCUACAAACCUCAAUCUAAAGACGGUCCUACCCAACGAUCUACUGCCUGGGGUCCCAAGGGUACAGUCUCCCUUCGGUCGCAACAUACCCUUGAACAAACAAUAACCAUAUUUACAGCGCAAAACAUGGCGAACGGCAAAGACUUCUUCCUAGAGCUUCGAAAACAAAUUGCGACGCUGCAGCGAAGCGGGCCCCCUGUCGGCGGCUGA